UUUGUCUUUGUUGUAGUUUUAGGCGCAUUUUUUGUGGAAUUUUGUUCAUCGUUUUUGUCCAUUUGGAGUGGGGGUAACAAUUGGGAUUAGCUUUUGGAUAUUUUAGAAAAUUAUUUAAUCGAAAAAUAAAUAAAGAAAACUACUCACCCAAAAUGGAUUUAAACGAUGCCGUACUCACCUGUGCCGUAAAUCUACAAUGGACAAAUGCCACCGGAACGGUUGGUCGCAAGUUGGCCUAUCGAACGGCCACGUUAAGACUGAUACGCAACGAUAUACGGGAACUUUUCAUCGAGUGCACUCCGGAAAAGCUGAAACCAAUGAAAUUCAAACUGAAAGACAUAAUGGUGCACAAAAAGUUCAUGUCCGAGGGUAAGGCUUCGGUGAAUUUCAAGGCAGAAAAAUGUGCCAUGUAUCUGUCGAAUGCUCCACCGGGCACCUUGAUGUUUUUCUUGCGUACGAUAUUUAUAAAAAUGAAUGGUGGUGAGAAUGUCGAUGAUGCCACGGCACAGAAACAGCUGCGGGCCCAUAUGCUGUCGGGAAAGCCGAGUACUUUUGAAGAAGUGUCACCGGUGACAACAGCAGAAAUGAUUUUGGCAAGAAAGAAAGCAGGUUUGUUGCCUUCCAAGGGCUCGGCCACAACACCCUCGCCAUUGGCAGCUAAGAAGCGACGAUACGAUGAAAUCAAGGGUGGUGGGGAUAAAAGCGGUCUGCCAGCUCCCAAGAAAUUAUAUCAAGAAUCUCCCAUGGAUACGGAAGAGGGUUUAAGACUGUGCCAAGAACAAAUCGAUGUGCUAAAGGCAUGCAUCUCGGGGAAGAGUAUAUUCUUUACGGGUUCAGCUGGUACGGGUAAAAGUUUCUUGUUGAGAAAAAUUAUUUCGGCAUUGCCGCCAGAUGGCACUGUGGCAACAGCCUCCACUGGUGUGGCAGCUUGUCUAAUUGGUGGUGUAACAUUGCAUGCCUUUGCUGGUAUUGGUGGUGGAGAUGCCACCUUGCAACGUUGCUAUGAAUUGGCCUCUCGCCCUGCCAGUGCCCAGGCCUGGAGGAAAUGUAAACGUUUGAUUAUUGAUGAAAUCUCCAUGGUGGAUGGGCAAUAUUUUGAUAAAAUAGAAGCUGUUGCCCGACACAUCCGGCGCAAUGAUCGCCCAUUCGGUGGCAUCCAGUUGAUACUCUGUGGCGACUUCUUGCAGUUACCACCUGUGAUAAAACGUGAAGAAAGCUCUUCACAAACACCACCACAACGUUUUUGCUUUCAAUCGAGUGCCUGGGAGAAAUGUGUUGAAUAUGUUUAUGAACUUAAAGAGGUGCAUCGUCAAUCCGAUCCAGAGUUUGUUAAUAUCCUAAAUCACCUGCGCAUUGGUCAUAUCAAUGAAGAGAUUACCAAACGUCUCAAGACAACUUCUAAACAAAAAAUUGAGGGUAAUGGCAUCUUGGCUACCCAAUUGUGUUCCCACACCAAUGAUGCCAAUUCAAUAAAUGAAUCCAAAUUGGAAAAUUUACCCACCGAUAAAGUUCUUUUCAGAGCUGAAGAUUCUGAUCCAGCAAUGACCAAACAACUGGACACCCAAGUUCAAGCUCCAUCCCAGCUGUUUUUGAAGGUUGAUGCCCAGGUGAUGUUAUUGAAGAACAUAAACAUAUCUGCAGGACUGGUGAAUGGUGCUCGAGGCGUGGUGGUACGUUUUGAAAAAGGCGUACCGGUGGUGAGAUUUAAAAAUAAUACGGAGUAUUCGUGUAAACAUGAAAAAUGGAUCAUAAAAACACCUAAUGGUGGCACAGUGACCAGGCGCCAAGUACCCUUAAAAUUGGCAUGGGCCUUCUCCAUACACAAGUCCCAAGGCCUGACAUUGGAUUGCGUUGAAAUGUCAUUGUCCAAAGUAUUCGAAGCUGGCCAGGCAUAUGUUGCCUUGUCCCGUGCCAAGUCAUUGGAUUCGGUACGAAUUUUAGAUUUUGAUCCCAAACAGGUUUGGGCCAAUCCACAAGUUUUACAGUAUUAUAAGCUAUUCCGUCGACGUCUGCACGACACCACUAUGAUACCGCUGGGUGCUAAAAACAAAGAGGAAAAGAAGAAAAAUGGUGAUGCGGCCAGCAGUGCUCUGGCUAAAAUUAAGAAGAGUCUUCUGAGUAAACCUUUGGUCUCCAUUAGUUAAUAAUAGACAACAGGAUUCAGGGAAUCUAAUUGAAUGAAAGCUAACAAUACAUCGCCUUAGAAGCUUUUAUCGUAGUAAUGUUUAGUAACAAUUUUUUUUUAUAAAAGAUAUUUAUCACUCGGAAUAUGACAAUUUUAGCAACAAUUUUGUAUUAGUUUAAGCCAAACUACUAAAGAACAAAUAGGCAAGGUUUUUCCUUUGGAGGAAUCAUUGACAUUCUCAGAUUUUUUUUUAAUUUUCACACACGUCUUUUUGCCAUCGUGUUCAUCGUAGAAUAUACCAUUUGAUUUACUUUUUCUUUGUAAUUCCUUUUUUCACAUUUGUAGUAUAAGUUCAUGAAAAUUUAAUUUAAUUUAAAACUUUUAACUAGCAAUAAAUUUUGCAAUUUUUUCUCUAAGACUGCUUUAAAGAACAUUUAUAAAUUUAAAUUAUGAUUGUAAUAUUAUUUUAAUAAAACUCAUCAAUUGUAUUUUAAAAUGA